UGUACGCUCUCUUCUGCCCCGCCCCCUGCUCCCAGCCCGCUGCUCGGGCCGCCUGUUUCCUUAGCAACCGUCGUGCAGCGUCUUCCUGAGCGAGCUUCUGUCAACCCGAGGAUCCCACCGCUCGCUCCCCACUGUCCCGUGGUUUUUGCGUGGGCUCAUAGACUGACGGACAACAAAAAUGGCGGAGCGGAGCCAGACGGCGCCUGAGGCAGGCAAUGAUAUAGGAAAUGAGGAUGUCAUUGGAGGGAAUGUGAGCAAAUAUGUGGUGCUUCCAAAUGGAUACUCAGGACAACCCAAGAAAGGACAUCUUACCUUUGAUGCUUGUUUUGAAAGUGGUAACCUUGGCCGGGUUGAGCAAGUCUGUGAGUUUGAGUAUGAUCUGUUCAUUAGACCGGAUACCUGUAAUCCUCGCUUCCGGGUCUGGUUCAACUUUACUGUUGAAAAUGUGAAAGAAUCACAGAGGGUCAUUUUCAACAUUGUUAACUUCAGCAAAACUAAGAGUCUUUAUAGAGAUGGAAUGGCACCUAUGGUGAAAUCUACCAGCAGACCAAAAUGGCAAAGACUGCCACCUAAAAAUGUUUACUACUAUCGCUGCCCUGACCACAGGAAGAAUUAUGUGAUGUCCUUUGCAUUCUGUUUUGACCGAGAAGAUGAUAUUUACCAGUUUGCUUACUGCUACCCAUAUACAUAUACUCGCUUCCAACAUUACCUCGACAGCCUACAAAAAAGAAACAUGGAUUACUUCUUCCGGGAACAGCUUGGACAGAGUGUGCAACAGCGGCAGCUUGACCUCCUAACAAUAACCAGCCCUGAAAAUCUCCGAGAAGGGACAGAAAAGAAGGUGAUAUUCAUCACAGGACGGGUCCACCCAGGGGAAACACCAUCUUCAUUUGUGUGCCAAGGGAUCAUUGACUUCCUUGUAAGUCAGCAUCCAAUUGCCCGUGUCCUGCGAGAACACUUGGUCUUCAAGAUUGCACCAAUGCUCAACCCUGAUGGAGUCUACCUAGGCAACUACAGGUGCUCUCUGAUGGGGUUUGACCUGAAUCGUCACUGGCUGGAUCCCUCUCCAUGGGCCCAUCCCACCCUACACGGAGUAAAGCAACUCAUCAUCAAGAUGUACAACGACCCAAAAACAAGCCUGGAGUUCUAUAUUGACAUCCACGCCCACUCCACCAUGAUGAAUGGCUUCAUGUAUGGCAAUAUCUUUGAGGAUGAGGAACGGUUCCAAAGGCAAUCCAUUUUUCCAAAGCUCCUUUGCCAGAAUGCAGAGGACUUCUCCUAUACUAGCACAUCCUUCAACCGGGAUGCUGUGAAAGCAGGAACUGGCCGUCGCUUCCUUGGUGGACUCCUGGAUCACACUUCAUACUGCUAUACCCUGGAGGUUUCCUUCUACAGUUACAUCAUUGGGGGUACUACAGCCGCUGUGCCCUACACUGAAGAAGCCUAUAUGAAGCUGGGGAGGAAUGUGGCGAGAACAUUUCUAGACUAUUACCGGCUGAAUUCCUUGGUUGAGAGGAUGACAGUCCCCAUGCCAAGGCUUCGGAAAGAAACCCCCACUCCUUACAAGCACCCAUCCCUGCGGGGCUCAGCCAGCAAUGUCCCCAACAGCAAAGGGGACAAGAAGAGCUCACUGAACCACAAAGACUCUUCAACCCCCUUUUAAAGACAUGGCACCUGGAGGCAUUGUGGGGACAGGAACACGAAUUUCCUGUUGGGGCACGAAAUUAAGUGCCAUUCCCUGGUUUCCAAGACAGGGGUUUUCAGCAUUGUGCACAUGCUGGUGAAAGGGAGGGGGAAAGAGAGACAUUUUAUCAUUGAUUUUUCCCCCCUUUUAUCAAUGGGAAAUCAAUUGUGAGCCUUCAACUCAGAGGCUGAGUGGAGUGGGAGAGUGGAGCCAGGUAAGCAUAGGAAAACCUACACACCCCUCUCAAGAGGUCCCAUAGGCCUCAGGUCUCUGUAAGCCCUUCUUCACCUUUUAAAGUUGUAUGGUCACUGCACAGGUGACUUUACUUAAAACAGGUUGCAAGUGUUUCUAGUUUAGGAAUGCAGUCUCCAUAUUUUCUGAUCCAAAGCAACAGCAACACACAUACAAGCCAAAGGCAAACAGGCUGUUGUGAACAAUGGGGUAGAAUUUUUGAAAUCAGAGUGGUCUUAGAAACAUGGUCACUGUAUCUAUAAGCCUCAUGCUCUCUCACUCCCUCAAGCCCCAGCAUGCAACUUCAGAAAGCUGUUCUGAAAGCCAUUUUUCAACUUCCUGGGUAGUUUAAUCGAAACUCUAGCUCCCCAGACCAAAAGAAAAAAAAAAAAAAAAAAAAAAAAAAAAACGUUGCUCAUUCAUUCCGAAGAACUACUGUGGAUAAGGUCUGCAGUCCCUGGUGACAAGAAUCAAGGGAGGUGAGCGCUGAUAAUCUGCACUGAGGACAGGGUGACUACCAGGUAAGGGGGCUGCAAGAGACAAAGGACUGCACCCUAGGCAGGUAGGAGUGAUAAAAGAAAAUGACAGCAGAAGCAAUUCCCGAGGCGAAGCAAGCCAAAUACUGUGCAUUUUCCUGACGCUUAAAGGGCCUUUGUGUGAUGAAUGGGUCCAGGGGAGUCUACUCCCUUCCUGUCUGUGGAAGCAGCAGGCUGAGUCACCAUGACAGCCUGCUAAUUAAAAUGACCUCCCGGAAAUGAGGAUUAGGAGAUAGGGAGAAGGAGGGAGGCUCCAGGGAGAUGGGGCCUUCAGCACACAAUUCCAGUUAAACAUUCUUUGCAUUGGCGACGGCGACUUUCAAAGUUUAUUGCAAGAAUCGAGAGCAAAGCUUGUUUUCUCUUUCACAUAUUGGCUUUCAGAAAUGGUAACAAAGAGCCAUAUGUUAGUUUGCUAUGAAUGUUCCAUUGUAUAUAUAGCAACCUUCCUGGGUUUUUAUUGUCCAAAUAAAGUGGUUUGUGCAGCACCUCUGUUCCUGAUUGUUCUUGGCACCCUUCCCUUUUGGUUUCCUACUCCUUGGAGGACAACCAGCCAACUCCAAUUAGAGUUAAUCUCUUUGAGGUCAGGGGCUCUGUCAAGAUGCAGAAGAAUGGUCAGAUUCGAACUCUCUGCAGCUCCUAUGUCAGAAUUCUGGGAAGCUUAAGAGUGUACCUGGCUCAACACAACUGCCACCAGACAGCUUUGCAUCACUUUAGAUGUCGUGGACAGGGGUGGGUUGCAUAAAAUGAGACUAUCGCUUAGAUCUGCUUUCUUCCAUGUCCAUGUGUUGGGACCACACAUGGGUACUGUAUUUUUUUUAAAGCCUCUUGACUAAUUAGAAUCCAGGUUAAAACUUGGAGACAGGCGAUCCAGGUUCUAAUUCGGAAUUCAAACCCUGGCCUUAUUUCUCAAUAUUGGUGUAAUAUAGAACAGUCAUUUUACCUCCACGAAUCUCAGUUCUCACACUUGUAAAAUGGGAAUAGUAAUAUCCAUCUCACUCUAGCAUUUGUGAAGAUUUGAUGAACUUAAGUGUGGGAAACACCAGUCAGAAAGUUUAUGUGCUCAUUAAAAUGACAGCUAUGACCAUUUGAAAUAUGACCAAUAUGGAGAGGUAUGUGGAAAUCACUUCCCAUUAGAAGUGGACAAGGGGAGUAAAGUUGUUUCUUCUUGAGAUAAAAAGUAAGGGGUAGAGGUGGGAAAGCAAGGUUACAGUCUCUAUAAUGUUUAAGGGACAUCAUGGGACAAAAGAAGUAAAUUUAUGCUGUAUUGCCCAGAGUUAAUUUAGUCAAAUCUAGGAAAUACCAUCCAGUCAGAUAAACUUCUGCUCAGGCUGAAGAAAGCUUUCUAUUAAAGAGAGCUGCCAACCAUGACUUCUUUUGGAAGGUACUGAGCUUAUUAUCAGAGGACAUCUAUCAUGGAGAAAGGAGGGUUACCUUCCUUAGGGGAAUGCUGGUUUUGAAGCUGGAUGCUCUACAACAUCAUGCCUCAUCUGUGGCUCUGAAAAGAAAUGGCAUGAGGCAGGAGGUUACAUUUCUGUCAGAUAAUGGGAGUUUACAGCAUCCAAUAUCAUUAAACACUAGACACAGGAACAUAAGUAUCUGUGAAUUAUAGCAUAUUUACUACAUUGAUGUCUAGCAUUCCUUAGAGGGAAAAAAGUACUUAUAAGAUAGACUACAGGAUUGCAAUGGUCUACUUCUCUGUGUUGACAAAACAGACAAUAAAAAACUGUCCAGGGGUUGUCAGUGGCCCUUGUUGAGGUCUUGGCCAGAUCACUUCCUCCACAGUGCUCUUGGAGAAGGUCAUACCUAUGACACCAAGCUGGCAAAGGCUUUCAGUGUGGAGGAAGAAGAUGGCAGUAGACAGGUGAGCCAGAUCGAGGCUUCUCCACCUAUCCCAAGGCCAUUUAGCCUAUUGAGAGGUAAUCUGGCCUGCUUCUUUCCCAGACUAGAAUCACACAUGGGUUGACCUGAGCACAAUCGGGUGCAUUUCUGACAAAGAAAGUGAGGCAACUAUACAAGAAAGAAAGGUGGGAGGGACAUGCUAGUCGCUGGCUGGUUCUCACCCACGGGUCAUCCUGGGGCAAGGGAAGUUCUGCUCUUUAUUUCAGGGGCUCUGAAACACAACUGAUGUGCAUUUGCUCUCCAAAGUUGCAGCCAGCAAGUGGCAAACUACCAGCUUCUGGGAUGCCGAGGCCCUCAGCAGUGGAAGCAAAUCACCUGCCUUGAGGAUGCUGCUUCCUUGCACAGGCGACUCCUUUAGCUAGGAACAUCCCUGUCCUUCCCAACAGGGACAGCAGACAGGGCAUAUGACAAGCUCGUGUUUUGUAAGCGUGCCUCAGUGACAUACCCCAAAGCCUACCUUGGAGAAUCACAGUUCAUUGUUCUAAAUGGAAAGAGCAGAACCAAACAGGGAGGUGGGAGAUUAACAUUUGUUAGGCAUCAAGUCAUACAUUUACCAAAUGCUUGGUGAACACAUGGGGUGUGCCAGGUGUGGUGCCAGAUGCCUCCAAAUCUGCUUCCUUAUUGGAUGUUCUCGGAAGACUCAUGAGGUAAGUGCACUUGCUGCAUUUUCCAGGGGAGCACUCGGAAAAUCCUUUCUUUGCCUUCACUCUGCAUUCAUACGAACCAGCCUGGAUCUCCACUACUCCACAAUGAGCUCUUCCACUGAGCUAGAGGUAAAGUCUGGUCACAACAGAAAACAGGCUAAAACAGAGUAGUGCAAACCAUGCUGCUAUUUAGAACUGGUAGGAAACUGAGAGAAGAGGGUCGUGUGUAGGUUGUCAGGCUUAGAGGGACAUGGAAAGAUGUCAGAACUUCCUAGCAUCUGCUGCCGAGGGGCCCCUUCCCAUCUCUCAUUCCUGAAUGCCUGUGUGAAAUCCUGAACUCUAGGGUCCUUCAAAGCCAGGGGCUGGGCAUGGGGCCCAUUGAAGAUGUGUCACACAGAAGUUUCCAGCUCUCUCAGGGCCCUUGGAAGCUCAGCAAUGUGGUCUUACAGGGCUUUUCCCAGAAGCCUCUGGGGUAGCUAUUCUAGCAGAUUCCUUGUCAGUCCAGCCUUCUGGGCAGUAGGAACUGAUCCUACUGUGUCACAGUCCUUGCCUCCUGAGCACUAUAAGGACAUCAGCCUCUGAAGGUUUUCCUUGGAAGGCUCAGCCCAACCAAUAAGGCUGAAGGAUCAGAGAGAAUAGAGGAGAAACAGCUUAACAGGAACAGUAAAUUAAACCAGUCUAAGUGUGAAUCCCUGCUCGUCUCUACUCCCUGUGUGGCUUUGGACAAUGGAUUUGGCCUCUUUAGGCUUCUGGGUCAUCAUCAUCUGUAAAACAGGAGUGAUUAAUACCUGUUUCCCACAGUUAAGU